UAAACUGAAGAAGUUUCGUCGUCAAUGAAAGUGGUAUUGUACUGAUAAGUUCAUGUUGCAGUCGCUAAUAAACGCCCGCGCACCGUGAUUUGUAGUGCGAAGAAGGCCGAAUAUGAGCUCAGUGUAUCAGUGGUGAGAGAGCCACGGUACAGGAUGGGUGUGUCGUGGUACGCCGUCGUUUUACUCGCAGCCUCUGUCCUAGGAGCCUCUAUUACACCGGAGAAUCAUUCUUUGGAGUUAAAUGAAGCGAGGCAGCCAGUAGAAGGUUCCAACUGCGGUCGGGUGUGGCUCACCGUACAUUCGCCAGCCAUCUCUGUGACUGGAGGUGACCAACUACUUGACGCGUUAGAACUUAAUUGGGACUUCAACGGAUGUUCGAGUAUUCCUAAACAAAUUGGUCUGUUUAGAGACAGGCCAACGACAUGGACGACGGCUAUAGAAGUACGCGAAGUCACCUCCGUUGCUGGCUUCAUAACCACUAACGUACCUCUUGGGCCGAGCACUUUGCCUGGUACAUGGCUGAUAGGCGCAGGGCCGAGGGGCCCUAGCUGCUUAUGGCCUUGGAUCGGCGCCGGGACCAAUAACAUCGAAGCAUUCAAUUGUUUAAAAAUACAACCCACGUGGAUGCAGGAUAAUGCUGCAACAAUAAAUCACCUUCGAAUUGGCGAACUGGCAUUGGCUGGUACCCACAACGCAGGCGCGUGGCGAUUCAACACCGAAGUCAGUAAUUUAGCCCGCGACAGUUUCGUGCUAUGUCAGGACCGAUCUGUGUGGGCACAAUUAGUCCACGGCAUCAGGUACCUGGACUUCAGGAUCGCAUAUUACGACUUCUACCCCAAUGAGGAUUCAAGGUAUUGGUUGAAUCACAACUUAAUUCGAGUCCGUCCAUUAGUACCCCUCCUAAGAGAAAUUAGAGCUUUUUUGGAUUCGACGAGAGAAGUGGUGUUCCUAGAUGCCCAUCACUUCCCGGUCGGUUUCUAUGAACAAGAUGGCCGACCAAUUAGAGCCGUCCAUGAUGGUCUUCUAAACUUAAUUCAAAGAGAGUUGGGACCACAUUUAGCUGAUGCAAGACAGUUCGGUACUGGCGUAGGAACCAGGGGGCCCACCGUCCAGACUUUACUAAAUGCAAACAAACGUCUGGUGUUCAGUUAUGUGGAUAAUUCCAUUGUCGCAUUAAACAACUGGCUGUGGCCGAUCUUGCCUCACCUUUGGGCGAAUACAAACAACCCCAACACAUUAUUUAUGUUUCUAGACCAAGCGAUAGCUUUGUCACCGCAGCCUAAUGCUCGUUCACCUAUGCACUCAGCUAUGGCCCAAACAACACCCACAGUACUAGAUAUUUUAUUUCUAAGAGGUUCAAUAAGACAAAACGCUGAUGCCGUCAAUCGCAACGUUACUGCGCGACUCACCACACGCUGGCGUAACAGUGCUAACAUAAUAUCUUCAGACUUCUUCCUCGGCAAUGACGUUAUAGACGUGUCCAUUGCCAUCAGUGUAGAACGCGGAUCACGUUUAUGACGUCACAAGAUGCGCUCACGCUCCGGAGGUGUUAUCGUGACGUCACGACAUAGUCGCGGCCGCGUCAACGCCACCGUCCCGCGUCGGUCUCCGUGGCUUCCCCCACGGUUAUACUUACCAAAUCAUUUUAGCUAGUUGUUUCCUAAUCCGCCGCGUCACUGCCACAUUACAAUAACGCGUAGCGGUUUAUAGUGAGAUAUUCUUAAGUAUUUUAUUUUGUAGACAUUUGAACUAGUCCACUGUAUGUUUUAAGAAAAACGGUUUUGUAUAUAAAUAAAGUUAUUGUUGUGCCAAAUUACAAUGUGUUUCACUCGAUCAU